AUGCUUUUCAGUGGCAACCAAGGCCCUUUUGUGACAGAGGCCAUUAACGCGCUGUCGGCAAAGACGUCAGCACUCAAGAUCAAUGAUCUGUCGGGGGAGGAGACAAGCAAGAAGUCAUCAGUGGACGUGACUACGGGGGACCCGGAAGCGGUCUCCGCCAUCGCGUCGCAAGCGGGGUUCGCCAUCACACUGCUUAUCCCGUACAAGUGGAUCGAGGAAGUCCCGCGUACGACUGACACGGUUCGCGAUCUUCUCCUGCUGUGGGAGGAACAUUUGACGGAGAAUGCUAAGACCAAGACCAAGUGUCACAAGUUGACGCCGACGUGGCUCUCUAAGGAGCGCUUCGGCCGGGUCCAGGUGGUUUUUGUGCACGCUGCGGUUGCGAACUUCAUGUGGAGCAGGAAAGUGGAGCAUGUGACAUUGUCCAAUGUGCGUCUGAUUCUCGGAUGGCAGCACCCGGAGAAUCAGGAGUACCUGAAGGAGCGGUCGUUGAAGCCGGACACCAUCGAAGUGUUGCUGAGAAAUGUCCCAGCUGUCAUCACGCCUGAGAUGAUCCGGAAGAGCCUGGUGACGGCCACUCUGCUGAAGCGCAAACGCUCGGCGUUCCUGGAGGGUUCGGCUUUUCACAGGGUGGUGGACCCGGUUACGGGCUCAGACACGGAUAAGAUCAAGGGGUUGGUUGAAGCAGCUGGCGGCUUUGCUCACCUCUUUACCAUCUCCCCUCCGAGCAGCGGCCUCUCUGAAGCUGACUGCAGCUACAAAGGCAAUUAUGGAGGACCCGGCGAUGGUAUUCACCUCGACCAGCGGCGCACGGGAGGAGUGGCUGUGCGUUCAGGUGGGAUGCGGGAAAGCACACGACGUCAGCUUCGCGAAGACAGCAGAGCGCGUGGCCUCUGUGAUGCACUGUACCGAGCGUCUCAAGGGGGGAUCGGCGACGCGUCGAAGCAGGGGGAAGAUGAACCUCCUGGCGGUCAAGAAGGAGUUCGGGAUGUGAGCCCUAGGCGGGAAGGUCCCAGCCUCGAGAAAGGUGCAGGAGGAGUGGCGAUUGUGGCUUUUAGGAAGCACAUCCGGUUCACGGAGGUGAUGGCUCACCAUACGGGGAGACUGCUAGGGGUGACGGUGGAAGGAGGAGAUACAAAGUUUCGUUUGAUAGCGGCUUACCUCCCGGCACAACCGGGCAAGCGGACGAAGUUCCAUGCAGAGUACCUGGUCCCAUUUGCGCAAGCUCAACCUGCAGGAGCGCACCUGGUGCUGGUAGGGGACCUCAACAUCAUUGCGGACCCGGACCUGGACAGACCAUCGAACACGGGGUCCAGUAGGGAGAAUCAGCGGUUGCUGGAGGCAUGGUCAACCUUUGACCUCCGAGAUGCCUUUUGGGCACUUAAUCCUGGGGAGAGACAGUACACGUUCAGAGCAAGGCCGUCAGACACCAGAUCCAGAAUUGACAUGGCGCUGGUGUCAACGUCGUUCCUGGGGCAGUUGCUGGAAGCAAGCCACAAGUGGGUGCCGAAGAAGUUGUCAGAUCACCAGUUUGCAAUCCGGGUCAGCCUCGCUUUCGCGUCAUCGCACACUAGCGGACCUGGGAUUUGGAGGCUGCAGGCAACGCGAGUAAAUCGGAGGGGAAUCAGAGCGGUAAUACAAAAUAUUAUGGGGACUCCAGACGGGCGGAGCGGACGUGCGCUAGAGCAGAUUCUCCCACGUCUGAGCGCGGCCCUGCGGACACACGAAAGGGAGGAACAGAAGCGGGUCGCAGCAACCAGACGACAUCUGGAAGCAGAGAUCACGAGGCUCAACCACCUGGUCAUGGCGGGGCCCACGGAAGCGGCAGUUAAAGAGAGGUUGCUGACCAUGGAGGCGCAGCUGGAGGGGUACCAGGAGAGCGAGAGGGAAAGGUUACAGGUAUUGGCGGGGCUGGAUUUGGAAAUGCACGGCGAAAUCUCGUCCCCGUAUCUGUCGGCCAAAGUCAAGAUGAGGAAAGAUAAGACGAUCAUCAAGGAAGUGCUGCACAAGGGGAAGCGGUUCUACGGUUCACAGGAGGUGCUGAAGGCGGCGGCUGAUCAUUUUCAGGAAGCUUUCAAGAAACAUACGGAAGCAGAGGUGGGGAAGGGAGACACAGUAGAGGUGUCCAGGCGGCUACCGGAGGAGGCGGCGGGGAGACUGCGCGCCCCAUGGUCAGAGGCGGAGAUAAAAGAGGCGCUAGUAGGCUUACCGAGGGGCAAGUCGCCAGGUCAGGAUGGAUUGCCACCAGAACUUUUUAAGGCGCACUGGGAUCUCCUGGGAGGGCCGCUGGUGGAGUUCGCAAGGAGAUUAGAGAGGACAGGUCUUCUGGACGAGUCGAUUACCACGGCGGUGACGGUCCUGCUGCAUAAGAAGGGGCCGGCGGACCAGUUAGGCAACUACAGACCGAUCACGUUACUGAGCACGAUUUACAAAGUAUUGGCGAAGUUACUGGCAAACAGACUCAAGAAAGAGCUGCACCAGAUUGUAUCCGAGGAUCAGCAUGGGUUCAUACCUGGGAGGUGCCUGGCAGACGCGGUAGCGGUGGUAACAGAUGCGGUGGAUGCUGCAGGCAAUGGAGGGGAUGACUGGUUCCUCCUCAUGGUGGAUUUUCAGAAAGCAUACGACACAGUGGCAAGGCCAUACCUCUUCGAGACAAUGGGAAAGCCGGGGAUACCGGACGAGUUCAUACGGUGGACUGAGGGACUACACCACGGAUCCGGGACAAGGGUGGUGAUCAACGGCUGGUUAGGAGAACGGGUGGAGAUGCAAAGGGGCGUGCGGCAGGGAUGUCCGCUGGCUCAAUACCUUUUCCUGUGCGCGCUAGAGCCGCUAUGCUGCAAAAUCAAAGAGAAGGGAUUGGGGGUGAGCGCGGAAGGGGCGGAGGUGCUGUCGUAUGUCGGGUACGCUGACGAUACAACGUUGAUCCUGAAGGGAGUGGAACAGCUGAAAGAAGCAGUGAAGAUCUUGGAGCUGUUCGGGGAGCUGUCAGGCCUGAAGACCAACAAAGAUAAAUCGGUGAUCAUGCCGCUGGGGAGGAACAAGGGGAAAAGGGAUGCACAAGGGGUAAAUUUCAAGUGGGCGGAAGCUUGUGUGCCGAAACGCCUUCUCGGAAUAUGGAUCACGCCAGAAGGGGACCCCGGUCCAUCCUGGGAAAAGGCAUGGGAGAGGGGGAAGGCAGAGCUCGUCAAGUGGGAGAGCCAUCAUCUACUAACAGCCGCGCGUGUGACGGUAAUCAACGCCUACAUCAUGCCGAUUUUCAUAUUCCAAGCGCAAAUUUACCCGCCGCCGGAUGAGUUAUGGAAGCGCAUCCAAAAGACGUGCGACAACUACGUCUCCAGCGGACAGGCCACGUCGGAGAAGCUGUUCGUGCUAUGGAGCGGGGAGCUUGCGCACCUGUCAAAGAAGGAUGGGGGGCUGAGGCUGGUAGACCCCAAGGCAAGGAUUGACAGUAUGGCGAUCAGAAUGGUAGGGAAGCUGGUCUCGGAGCAGAAUGCUACGAAGCGAUGGCUAGCGGAGAAGGCAGCAGCGCUGCCCCAAGGGGCAGCGACGCUCCUGGCGGACCCGUCUGCAUUGAAGCACUACAUGGCGGAAGCAAACGUUGGAAAGCGGCGGUGGAGGCUUUCUGGGAGUCCCCAGGGAAAAGCCCGUAUGGGAACCAGCAAGAAACCGAGGGGAUAA